GUAUCGUGCAGGACUGCACUUCGCAAAACAGCCUGUGCGAGUUCCGAAAAUUUGCAGUAUCGGGCAAUACAGAAGGGCUAUGCAGCACGAAAUUCCUCGAGCCACGUCCUCGGUACAGCUUGGCCCUGCAGAUAUCCAGCCUCUUGUCGACGACGCCGUCGUCUUUGCCAAUCAGCAUGGACUUGUGGUUGCGCUGAAGGACCCCAGGUUCGUCAACCCGGACUAUGCCGUCAUCCACGCCCCCCUGUCGCUCACACCGGUGCCGUAUCCACGGGCGCGCUUCGAGCUAGCGCAACAGGUGAUGCCGCUCUUUAACACGCUGGUGGACGCCGUGGCAGCGGAUGAGUCGUACCUGGAGGCCACGCUGCGCCCCGCCGCGGCGCAGGACGCCUUCACGGGGCGGCUGCUGGGCUGCCUGCUGGCCACGCGGCCGGAGCGGCAGGCGCUACGGGGCUCGGGCCGGGAGGUGGUGCUGGGCGUGCACCGCAGUGACUACAUGCUGGAUGCACCCAGCGGCAAGUUCCUGCAGGUGGAGCUCAACACGAUCGCCUCCUCAUUCGGGUGCUUGUCAGCGCUGAUGACGCGCCUGCACGGGUACAUGGCCAGCGGGCGAAUCAGCGGCCUGGAUGCGUCGCGGCUUCCGCCUAACCCAACUCUGGAGCACAUCCCGGAUGCCAUCGCUGCGGCGGCAACAGCCAGCGGCCACGUCGCAGCGGGCGGCGUGGUGGUGAUGGUGGUGCAGCCCGGAGAGCGGAACGCUUACGACCAGCAGUGGAUCCAGCUGCAGCUGUGGGAGCGGCACCGGCUGCGCACGCUGCGCCUCACGCUGGCGGACAUCGCGGCGGGCGGCCGACUGGACGCCGCCAGCGGCACCCUCACGCUGCCGGGUGGGCAGCCCGCGGCCGUGUUCUACUUCAGGGCCGGCUACACGCCCGCCGACUACCCGAGUGAGGCGGAGUGGGCGGCGCGGGAGCUCAUUGAGCGCUCCAACGCCGCCAAGUGCCCCACCGUGGCGUAUCAGCUGGCGGGCACCAAGAAGGUGCAACAGGACCUGGCGACACCCGGCGUGCUGGAGCGCUUCCUGCCGCCGGCUACCGCCGCGGCGGACGCGGCGCUGCUCCGUGAGUUCUUCGCGGGGCUGUGGUCGCUGGACCCACGGGACCUGGCGGCGGACGCAGGCGGCGCGGCGGCGGCGGUGCGCGACGCCAUUGCUCGGCCGGAGGCGUACGUGCUCAAGCCCCAGCGCGAGGGUGGCGGCAACAACCUGUACGGCGAGGAGUUGCGGGCGGCGCUGCAGCAGGGCGGCGAGGAGCUGAGCGCCUACAUCCUGAUGCAGCGCAUCCUGCCGCCCGUCAACAGGUCUGUGCUGGUGCGCAACGGGCAGUGGCAGGAGGCUGAGACGCUGAGUGAGCUGGGCAUCUACGGCACCUUCGUGCGCCACAACAACGCCGUGGUGGUGAACCAGCAGAGCGGCCACUUGGUCCGGACCAAGACCGCCAGCUCCAACGAGGGCGGUGUGGCGGCGGGCUUUGCGGUGCUGGAUAGCCCUUACCUGGUGGAGUGAGGCGGCGGCUCACCUGGAGGAGCGCGAGGCGUGGGGCUGUGCGGAAAGGGUGAGGGCUGGAGGCUGUAGAGGCCUGUGGUGGCGUGUGUCGAGUUGUGAUGCGUGUGUGUGUGUGUGUAGGUGGGUGUGGAUGGGGGUAGGGGUGUUUUUGCCCGAACGCAACGCAAUAGGGGGUGGGUGUCCAUGCAAGGCGGCUUGUUGGGGUCAGAGCCCAGAAUGGGGAAGUCGGCACACGGGGUCAUAUAUUGCAGUACAUACGUGGAGCAGGGAGCUAGAAUGUAGGGGAUAGGGCUGCAUGGGCUGGAACUGCGGACGUUGUGACAGUAGGUGAGUAGGUGCGUAUGAGAAACCUGCACAUCCCGUGUGACCCAGUAUGGCACCUGGCACUGCCCUGUGCUAGCCUGCUAGGCACUAAUUCCUACCGCCCGCUGAGCGAGCCCCUGCCAACAUGCGGAAGGACAAGCUGCGGCUGACCAUUAUAGAUUUAUAGGCGACCUCGCGAGUAGUAUGAUAUCUCCAGUGGCGUGACCAGCGUACAGGUGGCGGUGUGCUGAGAACGGUUAUGCGUACACCUUAUGCGUUGUCGGGUGAUAUCGUGUGUGCGGCACGGCGCAAGUACCUAGGCCCCCGAGUGCAUCGGGGCGUGCCGCUAUUGACCUGUGCACGCGUGCCGGUAUUGCUGUUGGUUCGUCAUCCCCUGCAUGGCGGGCUGCAUGGGCUUUGAGAAUUGAGAACAGCCCCAGCAUCCGCUCUGGGGGGGGGGACUUGGUCACGUGUGGGGGGCACGCACAGCCGCCCGCGCGCGCGCAUCCCCUGUACCUCACGUGUUACUGCCGGACCAUUUGCAAGCAGCAACCGCUGUGCGUUUCCCAGCGUGCCACCAUCAGCCCUCAGCUUGGAGCCGGCCUGGACCCGGAGCUGGCAUUGGGGGACGACUUGACCUAGUGUGCUCGUGCCGGUUGACUAGGUUGACUUCAGUUGCGUGGCACGAACACUCUUGCAUGUCAUCCGUGGGCGCAUGUUACGAUGUGUGUUGCUUUUGUGCUUGAUAGCUAAGCGAGUCCCCUGUCUGGCGUAGGGUUGCUACUCUUUGUCUUGCUACGUUACCCGCUACCGUGCUAGGGGGGGAGGGUUUACGACUUCAAUUCACUGCCUUGCUGCAUGCAUACAAAUAAUCCGCGCGAAGACUUAAUGUCCCGCAUGUUGCACACUUGCACUGGACCAUGUGUCAUAUGAGUGGCAUCUCAGGGGCAUGGGGUCAGACAGGGUACUGCGUAGCUGUUGGGGUAUGAUCAGAUAAAGCAUUGCUGUGCGGUGCAGGGCCUGCACAAGUCUACACCUUACUUUGUUCAGCCAG